GUUGUUCAUGCACUGAGAAUACGAGAUCGAGAGAUGGGUAUUUUGUUUACGCGGAUGUUUUCUUCGCUUCUCAGCAAUAAAGAGGCUAGGAUUUUAGUUCUUGGCCUAGACAAUGCUGGCAAAACUACGAUUCUUUAUCGGCUUCAAAUGGGUGAAGUUGUUUCAACAAUUCCAACAAUCGGGUUUAAUGUGGAAACAGUGCAAUAUAAUAACAUCAAAUUCCAAGUCUGGGAUCUAGGUGGGCAGACAAGCAUCAGGCCAUAUUGGAGAUGUUAUUUUCCAAAUACACAAGCAAUAAUUUAUGUUGUUGAUUCAAGUGACACCGAUAGGCUGGCGAUAGCCAAAGAUGAAUUUCAUGCAAUAUUGGAGGAAGAGGAGUUAAAAGGUGCAGUUGUUCUCAUUUUUGCAAAUAAGCAGGACCUGCCUGGUGCACUGGAUGAUGCUGCAGUGACUGAGGCUUUAGAGUUGCACAAGAUUAAAAACCGUCAAUGGGCAAUUUUCAAAACUUCUGCAACGAAAGGAGAAGGGCUUUUUGAGGGUUUGGACUGGUUGAGUAACACACUCAAAUCUGUAGGUGGCUAAUGCACGGCAGAAGGGCAGAGAUGCUUUUGCUGCUUUUAUGUGAUCAAGUUACAUCUUAGAAACAAAGGAAUGAAUUCAUGGUGGCAUUUUUAGGUAUGAUAGAAAUUUUAUUUGAGUGCAACUCUCUCAUUCCACAUCUGCUGAUGUACUCUUCUUUCUUUCCAGUACACCAUUGAUAUACAUGUACCAUUUUUGUCAAAAGACAUGACUUAUUUGGCACUUACCUUCUGAUUUGUCACCGUUAGUUAUCUUCAGUGAGUGCAUUUAGUUAUCCUUAAAUAUUUUUUUUAUCA